AUGCUUGUAAUGCUUUAUCUGAUAACUCAGCUGAAUUUUUCCUCGUCUUUAGGCUUUUUAUUGGUGAUGAUACUUUCAAUACAUAAAUUUAUGAUUUCUUUAACAAAUAAAGAUAAGACUAUAAAAUGACGGAAUUGACUUCAGAAAUUGCGCGAAAAUUGGGUUUUAACAUUCCAAGUCAUGAAGGCGAAAAUCUUAGUGAUCAGUUAA